CGUUUUUAUUCAAAAAAGUUUCCAAACAAAAUUUUAGUUCUGAAAAGUUUUUCACAAAUUCCUAGUUUAUUGAAUGAUUUACGGCUUAAAUCAUUGAUGAAAUCAGGUGAAAAUGAGUGAAUCCGAGAGACCAUCCGAUAAAACGAUGUACGGGACGACCCUGUCGCUAGAAUCGAUCAAGGUAAUAGCGGAAAGUAUUGGUGUAGGAACGUUGCCGGAUGACGCCGCCAAGGAAUUGGCCGACGAUGUUUCGUUCAAGUUGAAGCAAAUCGUGCAGGAUGCUGCCAAGUUCAUGCACCACUCCAAGCGGAUGAAGAUGUCGAUCGCUGACAUCGACCACUCGCUUAAGGUGCGGAACAUUGAACCUCAGUAUGGGUUUGUUUCGCCGGAUUUCAUUCCGUUCAGAUUCGCUUCCGGCGGUGGUCGAGAGCUGCAUUUCAUUGAAGAGAAGGAAAUCGACUUGGCCGAUGUUGUCCAAACAGGUCCUCCGAAGAUUCCUUUGGAAAUUACCAUGCGGGCUCACUGGCUCUGUGUUGACGGAAUUCAACCUACGGUUCCGGAGAAUCCUCCUCCUUUGUCAAAGGAUGCCCAGGCGUUGGAUUCAGUCAAUCCGGUUAGCAAACUGGAUAAGGCUCAUUUGAAGGAUACGACCGGGAAACCGGCUAUCAAGGCUCAGAAACUGAAGAACGUGGAAACCGUACACGUUAAGCAGCUGGCCACCCACGAGCUUUCGGUGGAACAACAGCUAUACUACAAGGAAAUCACAGAGGCGUGCGUCGGUUCAGAUGAAGGCCGCAGAGCCGAAGCACUUACAUCGCUGGCUUGCGAUCCAGGUUUGUACGAGAUGCUGCCCAGAAUGUGCACUUUCAUAGCCGAAGGCGUUAAGGUAAAUGUUGUCCAAAACAACCUUGCUCUGCUCAUCUAUCUGAUGCGAAUGGUACGCGCCCUGUUGGAUAAUCCGGCACUUUACUUGGAGAAAUAUCUCCACGAACUAAUCCCAUCUGUUUCGACGUGCAUAGUUUCGCGGCAGUUGUGCAUGCGUCCGGAGCUGGACAACCACUGGGCCCUGCGAGAUUUUGCAGCCCGUUUGAUGGCACAGAUCUGUAAGAAUUUCAACACUUCCACCAACAAUCUGCAAACACGUGUCACUCGUUUGUUCAGCUCGGCGCUGCAAAACGACAAAACUCCUCUGUCUUCGUUGUACGGUGCCCUCGAGGGACUCUCUGAGCUCGGUACCGAAGUCAUCAAAGUGUUUAUUAUUCCCCGCUUAAAGUUCAUCUCGGAUCGUGUCGAGGUGCAUCUGCAGGGUAGCAACAUCAGCGCUACGGACAAAAUUGCAGCCGGUCAUAUCAGAGCUAUGCUUCAAAAAGCUUGUUCUCCUGUUUUGAAGACGCUACGCAAUCCUCCGGACGUGGUUGAGGAAUACAAGAAAGACUACGGCUUCCUGGGGCCCACACUGCACCAGGGGGUCAUCAAAGCCAGAACAGCACCUCCACCUACUCCCUCCUGCACCAACACUAGCACACCCAGCGCAAAUCCGUCAAUUGUGACCACAGCAGCUAGUGCACCAGCUCGUCCCCAAACGCCUUUGAUAGCCAGCGCCAGUAGCAGUAUUGUAACAAGCAAACAGCACUCCGGUUCCAGUGGUCUAAUGCAGCGCCAGUCAUCCCAGAACACCGGUGGACAGCAGCAGAAAAUAGUUAUUGUUUCACAGCGUCAGCAAACACCAUCUCCGUCACAAGAGGAUUUUGUAGGCAUCAUUCAGCAGAGCCAGAGGUCAAGUGCGGUUCCGAUCCAGCCGGGUUUGAUCAAAAUCGAACCGCAAUCGUCAUCUGGACAGAAGGUGGUUCUCAUCAAUCAAAGCGGUUCGCAGCAGGGUCCCACGGCCAACGUCAUCAGCAAGCCACUGUUUAUCAACAAUGGUGGCGGGAGUGGCUCGGUGGUGCAGCAGCAAGCGCCACCACCCCCGGAGCUGGAUGAUUUGUCGCACCUGGCUUAGAGUGGGGCACUUUGAAACCAACCACCUCCAUAAACGUAAGUCUCUUUCUACUAUUUGUAUGUGAUUAUGAUCCAGAAGUUUAUUCUCGUGACAGAAUAUAUAGAUUAUGAUAUCAUUCA